GGCGGCUGGACUCGGGGGCCGCGCGCAGCCAACCAGCGCGGCGGGAGGGGCGCGGGGCGGGGCGGGGGGCGCGCAGCCCGUCACGCGGGGCCGCCCUCACACCGCCCAGUGCAGCCCCGGAGCAGCAGCGGCUCGGAGCGCAGGGACCCGAGCCCGGCUCGCGCCCAUGCCAGGACGCGGCCAGUGACACCGGAGAGGGGUCUCCCACGCCCGCCGGGGCUCGCGCCCACCCCCAGGAACGACCCUCAGAGGCUGCCGAGAUGGCUGGGGCCUCGGUGAAGGUGGCGGUGCGCGUCCGCCCCUUCAACUCCCGGGAGAUGAGCCGCGACUCCAAGUGCAUCAUCCAGAUGUCCGGGAGCACCACCACCAUCGUCAACCCCAAACAGCCCAAGGAGACGCCCAAAAGCUUCAGCUUCGACUACUCCUACUGGUCGCACACCUCGCCUGAGGACAUCAACUACGCGUCUCAGAAGCAGGUGUACCGGGACAUCGGCGAGGAGAUGCUGCAGCACGCCUUCGAGGGCUACAACGUCUGCAUCUUCGCCUACGGCCAGACAGGGGCCGGCAAGUCCUACACCAUGAUGGGCAAGCAGGAGAAGGACCAGCAGGGCAUCAUCCCGCAGCUUUGUGAGGACCUGUUCUCCCGCAUCAAUGACACAACCAACGACAACAUGUCCUACUCCGUGGAGGUCAGCUACAUGGAGAUAUACUGUGAGCGCGUCCGCGACCUCCUGAACCCCAAGAACAAGGGCAACCUGCGUGUGAGGGAGCACCCGCUGCUGGGGCCCUACGUGGAGGACCUCUCCAAGCUGGCGGUCACCUCCUACAAUGACAUCCAGGACCUCAUGGACUCAGGGAACAAGGCCAGGACCGUGGCGGCCACGAACAUGAACGAGACCAGCAGCCGCUCCCACGCCGUCUUCAACAUCAUCUUCACCCAGAAGCGCCACGAUGCGGAGACUGACAUCACCACAGAGAAAGUGAGCAAAAUCAGCCUGGUGGACCUGGCCGGGAGCGAGCGGGCCGACUCCACGGGGGCGAAGGGCACGCGACUCAAGGAGGGAGCCAACAUCAACAAGUCCCUGACCACGCUGGGGAAGGUCAUCUCCGCUCUGGCCGAAAUGGACUCCGGGCCCAACAAGAACAAGAAGAAGAAGAAGACGGACUUCAUCCCCUACAGAGACUCCGUGCUGACCUGGCUGCUGCGGGAAAACCUGGGCGGGAACUCGAGGACGGCGAUGGUGGCGGCCCUGAGCCCUGCAGACAUCAACUACGACGAGACGCUGAGCACCCUGAGGUAUGCGGACCGGGCUAAGCAGAUCCGCUGCAACGCCGUCAUCAACGAGGACCCCAACAACAAACUGAUCCGAGAGCUGAAGGACGAGGUGACCCGGCUGCGGGACCUGCUGUACGCCCAGGGUCUCGGGGACAUCACCGACACCAACACUGUGCCCGGAGGACCCAAAUACCUGUCCGACCUGGACAACAAUAACUGUAACCGCGGCUGGGCGGAGCUGAGUCGAGCCCCUGACAAUCUCUCCACAGUGACCAACGCGCUGGUGGGCAUGAGCCCCUCGUCCUCACUCUCGGCCCUGUCCAGCCGCGCGGCCUCUGUGUCCAGCCUGCACGAGCGCCUGUUGUUUGCCCCCGGCAGCGAGGAGGCCAUCGAGAGGCUGAAGGAGACGGAGAAGAUCAUAGCCGAGCUCAACGAGACCUGGGAGGAAAAGCUGCGGCGGACGGAAGCCAUUCGAAUGGAGAGGGAAGCCCUGCUGGCUGAGAUGGGUGUGGCCAUGAGGGAGGACGGCGGCACCCUGGGUGUGUUCUCUCCCAAAAAGACACCGCAUCUCGUCAAUCUGAACGAGGACCCGCUGAUGUCCGAGUGUCUCCUCUAUUACAUCAAGGACGGGCUCACCAGAGUGGGCCGGGAGGACGGGGAGAGGCGGCAGGACAUCGUCCUGAGUGGGCACUUCAUCAAGGAGGAGCACUGUGUCUUCCGCAGCGACUCCAGAGGGGGCAGUGAAGCCGUGGUGACCCUGGAGCCCUGUGAGGGGGCAGACACCUAUGUCAAUGGCAAGAAGGUCACGGAGCCCAGCAUCCUGCGGUCAGGAAACCGCAUCAUCAUGGGAAAGAGCCACGUGUUCCGGUUCAACCACCCCGAGCAGGCGCGGCAGGAGCGAGAGCGCACGCCCUGCGCAGAGACACCCUCCGAGCCCGUGGACUGGGCCUUCGCCCAGCGCGAGCUGCUGGAGAAGCAGGGCAUCGACAUGAAGCAGGAGAUGGAGCAGAGGCUCCAGGAGCUGGAGGACCAGUACCGCCGGGAGCGGGAGGAGGCCACCUACCUGCUGGAGCAGCAAAGGCUGGACUAUGAGAGCAAGCUGGAGGCGCUGCAGAGGCAGAUGGACUCCAGGCUCUUCCCAGAGGCGAACGAGGAGGAGGAGGAGCCGGAGGAUGAAGUCCAGUGGACAGAGAGGGAGUGCGAGCUGGCGCUCUGGGCCUUCCGCAAGUGGAAGUGGUACCAGUUCACGUCGCUGCGGGACCUGCUGUGGGGCAACGCCAUCUUCCUCAAGGAGGCCAACGCCAUCAGCGUCGAGCUCAAGAAGAAGGUCCAGUUCCAGUUCGUCCUCCUCACGGACACACUCUACUCCCCGCUGCCCCCGGACCUGCUGCCCCCGGAGGCUGCCAAAGACCGGGAGACACGCCCCUUCCCCCGCACCAUCGUGGCCGUGGAGGUGCAGGACCAGAAGAAUGGGGCCACCCACUACUGGACACUGGAGAAGCUCAGGCAACGCCUGGAUCUCAUGCGAGAGAUGUACGACCGGGCGGCCGAGGUGCCCUCGAGCGUCAUCGAGGACUGCGACAACGUGGUGACUGGCGGGGACCCCUUCUACGACCGGUUCCCCUGGUUCCGGCUGGUGGGCAGCUCAGUCAUCUCUGGCUGCAGCAGUUACCCUCUUCUCAACACGUGCAUGAGCGCGCGCAUGGCUGCUCUCACCCCCUCCCCCACCUCCUCGAGCCCCGACUCCGACGCCACCGAGCCUGCCGAGGAGCAGAGCCUGGGGGAGGAGGAGGAGGAGGAGGAGGAGGAGGACCUGGAGGACGACGUCUUCCCCGAGCACGGGCUUCACGACGGCCGGGACCCGUUUUACGACCGGCCCCCCCUGUUCAGUUUAGUAGGAAGGGCCUUCGUGUACCUGAGCAACCUGCUGUACCCCGUGCCCCUGGUGCACCGCGUGGCCAUCGUCAGCGAGAAGGGCGAGGUGAAGGGCUUCCUGCGAGUGGCUGUCCAGGCCAUCUCAGCCGAUGAAGAGGCCCCAGAUUACGGCUCGGGUGUCCGCCAGUCGGGAACUGCCAGAAUCUCCUUUGAUGACCAGCAUUUCGAGAAGUUCCAGUCUGAGUGCUGCCAGGCCGGGGGCAUGUCGCGCUCCGGGACCUCCCAGGAAGAGCUGCGCAUCGUGGAAGGCCAGGGCCAGGGCGCGGACGUGGGGCCCUCUGCCGACGAGGUCAACAACAACACCUGCUCGGCGCUGCCUCCAGAAAGCCUGCUGCUCGACAGCCCCGAGAAGGCCGCCCUGGACGGGCCCCUGGACGCCGCCCUGGACCACCUGCGCCUGGGCAGCACCUUCACCUUCCGCGUGACCGUCCUGCAGGCGUCCAGCAUCUCCGCGGAGUACGCCGACAUCUUCUGCCAGUUCAACUUCAUCCAUCGCCACGACGAGGCCUUCUCCACGGAGCCCCUGAAGAACACGGGGCGGGGCCCCCCGCUCGGCUUCUACCACGUCCAGAAUAUCGCGGUGGAGGUGACCCGGUCCUUCAUCGAGUACGUCAAGAGCCAGCCCGUGGUGUUCGAGGUCUUCGGCCACUACCAGCAGCGCCCGUUCCCGCCGCUCUGCAAGGACGUGCUCAGCCCCCUGAGGCCCUCGCGCCGCCACUUCCCACGGGUCAUGCCGCUGUCCAAGCCAGUGCCGGCCACCAAGCUCAGCACGCUGACGCGGCCCUGCCCCGGGCCACGCCACUGCAAGUACGACCUGCUGGUCCACUUCGAGAUCUGCGAGCUGGAGGCCGACGGCGACUACAUCCCUGCGGUGGUGGACCACCGCGGCGGCAUGCCGUGCGUGGGGACCUUCCUGCUCCACCAGGGCAUCCAGCGACGGAUAACCGUGACGCUGCUGCACGAGACGGGCAGCCACAUCCGCUGGAAGGAAGUGCGCGAGCUGGUCGUGGGUCGCAUCCGGAACACGCCAGAAACAGACGAGUCCCUGAUCGACCCCAACAUCCUGUCCCUCAACAUCCUCUCGUCCGGGUACAUCCACCCGCCCCAGGACGACCGGCAGUUUCUUGAUUCGGACAUGCCUAGCGUUUCCUUUGGAGGUGACACUAGGACCUUUUACCAGUUUGAGGCCGCGUGGGACAGCUCCAUGCACAACUCGCUGCUGCUGAACCGCGUCACCCCGUACCGAGAGAAGAUCUACAUGACCCUCUCUGCCUACAUCGAGAUGGAGAACUGUGCCCAGCCCGCCGUGAUCACCAAGGACUUCUGCAUGGUCUUCUACUCCCGCGACGCCAAGCUGCCCGCCUCGCGCUCCAUCCGCAACUUGUUUGGCAGCGGGAGCCUGCGGGCCUCUGAGAGCAACCGAGUGACGGGCGUGUACGAGCUCAGCCUGUGCCACGUGGCCGAUGCGGGCAGCCCAGGGAUGCAGCGGCGGCGCCGGCGGGUGCUGGACACGUCCGUGGCCUACGUGCGGGGCGAGGAGAACCUGGCCGGCUGGAGGCCCCGCAGUGACAGCCUCAUCCUGGACCACCAGUGGGAGCUGGAGAAGCUGAGCCUCCUGCAGGAGGUAGAGAAGACCAGGCACUACCUGCUGCUGCGGGAGAAGCUGGAGACCACCCAGCGGCCCCGUCCCGAGACGCUGUCCCCCGCCUCCAGCGAGGACUCGGAGUCCCGCAGUUCCUCUGGCGCCUCCUCCCCGCUCUCGGCCGACGGUCGACCCUCGCCCCUGGAGACCCCUGACGAGAGGCAGCGGGAACUGGCCGUCAAGUGCCUGCGCCUCCUCACGCACACGUUCAACAGAGAGUACACGCACAGCCACGUCUGCAUCAGCGCCAGCGAGAGCAAGCUCUCUGAGAUGUCUGUCACCCUGCUGCGGGACCCGUCCGUGUCCCCUCUGGGGGCCGCCACGCUCACCCCCUCCUCCACCUGCCCCUCCCUGGUCGAAGGGCGAUAUGGAGCCGGAGCCGCAGACCUGAGGACCCCCCAGCCCAGGUCCCCCCCGCCCGCCAGCCCGGAGCCAGAGCCAGUACCGGAGGCGGACUCCAAGAAGACCCCCUCCCCGGCCCGGGCCCCGGAGGCGGACAAGGAGCCCCAGCGCCUGCUGGUGCCAGACAUCCAGGAGAUCCGGGUCAGCCCCAUCGUCUCCAAGAAGGGGUACCUGCACUUCCUGGAGCCGCACACGGCCGGCUGGGCCAAGCGCUACGUGGUGGUGCGGCGGCCCUACGCCUACAUGUACAACAGCGACAAGGACGCCGUGGAGCGGUUCGUGCUCAACCUCUCCGCCGCCCAGGUGGAGUACAGCGAGGACCAGCAGGCCAUGCUCAAGACGCCCCACACCUUCGCGGUCUGCACGGAGCACCGCGGCAUCCUGCUGCAGGCGAGCAGCGACAAGGACAUGCACGACUGGCUGUACGCCUUCAACCCCCUCCUGGCCGGGACCAUACGCUCCAAGCUCUCCAGAAGGAGGGCUGCCCAGAUGAGGGUCUGAGCGGAAGACGCCCCGCCCUCCUGACGCCCAGUGGGCCCAGCCUGCCCCUCGCCAUCCGUCUGUCUUCGCCCCCAGCCCUCCCCCCCCGCCCGCCGGCCAACCCGCCCCCUCCCAGGGACACUGCGCUGGCCAGGGGGCCUGCGCCACACGACCUGUCCUGAUGGACCCGUCCUGUCUCCACGGAAGCCUCGUUGGUUGUCAUUUCUUCUCUGAGACGGGCCCUGGGGGGAAAGGGCUGGGAGACACGGGUGGGGGGGCCGGAGGGCCCCAGUCAGGGGGCAUUGCUGACAUUCUAAUAUUUUUUUAAGCAUAGACAGACUUAUAUUAAUAUACAGUAGUUAGCGACACGGAGACAGUCCACUCAGAAAUUAACUCUAAGACUGUGUUCUAUUUAUAAGUAUUUAUUUCUAACGACCUGUAGGGUUCAGAGGACCCCUUCCCGCUUGUUCCCACGCACAUCCCCCAAGCCUUGUAGGGACAGACAGGCUGGGCAGCCGCCUCGGAAGACCCCAGGGAGGCCGGCACCUCGGGGCCCGGCCCUCGUCCUGGGGGUGUGCCUGUGUCCGGGCCCUGCUGCCCGACGUCCAGACAGCACGGAAGGGCGCGUGUCACUUCUAGUGGGAGGCACCGCCCACGUCGCACCUGCACGGCAGCCGGCGGGAACCUGUGGGAGACGGGGAGGCCAGGGGGGGGCUGCCCCGGGAGGCCUGGGAGGAAGGACCACGUCCCACGGUGGAGUCCUGUGUCCCUGAGACGCUGCGGUUGUCUGGGUGAUGGUCCAGGCAGCCCCUCCAGCUGCUGUGAGAAGCGGGGCAAGGGCAGGGCUGCCCCCCAGGGAGAAGGUCUGAUGCCCCCUGUGCCCCCAGAGAAGAGAGCUCCCGGGAGGGGCAGUUGGACACUGUGGUUCAGGCCGGUGAGGGUGCAUGGCGCUGGGCUCUCCCUUCCGGUCGGAGGUUUUGUCCCCCGUCGCUCCAGCCUCGUUCCAGAUCCCCUGGGCCCCCUCGGCAGACCCCAUGCCUGUGGGUCGCCGAGGCCAGCGGAGGCAUCAGCCCAGCGCAGAGUCAGACCGCAUGUCCUGCCUGGGUGCCUGGGUGUGGAACCCGUCAGAGCAGCCAGGGGGCCUGGAGGGUCUUCCGUGACCUGCUCCCACAACCAAAGGCACAUUUGGCGUCUUUCUGGCUC